AUGCAGACGACGUACGCACUCGAGCUCCUGACAUGGCCGGCAGUGGGCUUCACUAAGAUUAGUGUUAUCCUAAUGUAUAAGCGUAUUUUUACGACUCCAAGGUUCCAGAAAAUUUCCUGGAUUCUAGUUGGUUUCAAUAUUGCCUGGACCAUAUCCUUUACAUUUGCGCUCAUGUUCUCAUGCAUGCCAAUUGCCUCACAGUGGGACUUUGAACUCGAGUUUACUUGUGUGGACCAAGCGGCGCUCUUCACUAUUGCCUUAGCGACAGAUGUCGCAGCAGAUUUCCUAGUCCUCCUCCUACCUAUCCACAAAGUUUGGCAGCUACAGAUGUCUAUAACCCGGAAAACCAUGAUCAUAUGCAUCUUCCUUCUCGGUGGCCUAGUCAGCGUCGUCGGCCUUAUUCGAAUCCACUAUUUAACUAAGGUCUACGAGGUGCUCGAGGCGUCUCCUGAAGCCGACACCACCUGGAUAUUUGCGCAAGUCUAUUACUGGACCAUCAUCGAGACCAAUGUUGGGGUCUUGAGCGCGUGUCUCCCUACCUUCCACCCCAUCCAGGAACACGUCACGCGUUACUUCUCCUUCACUAAGUUGCGAAACUCACUCGCACAUCUUCUCUCAUCAUCUAGCGAUGAAGCGAGCGACAUUCGUCUCAUUCCCAUAGAGGAAGGCCUAAACUGGAACAAGAAAGACACCCCGUACCCGUCCGGGCAGCAAGGAGCCUACCGCCGCCUCUGGAGACUCUGCCUCAAAUAUACCACAUUAUAG